CUGUUGUAUUCAGUCUGGCUUAACUGCGUUUAUUCUAGGAUUUUUGUGUGUCCGCCGCAAUGAUUAAAAGGCAGUACACACGUAGAAGGGCCACAAAUGUAGAUUGAACCCAUAGGUAAAUUAUGAUUGAAAAGACUGAUGAGGACUGAGGGAAUAUCCAAAUCAGCACUCCCACAUUCCCCAUCAAGGAGUUCAAUGUGUACCAGCCAUUGUUCUAGGUGCUCCAGUUUGUAGAGAUAAAUGGACAUGGACAGGGUUAGCAGAGACUCUUUUUGAAGACCUUGUGCUCUCUUGAGAUAAGCUGGAGGGUUAUUAAUAUUUAUAUCUUCUGACGGAGGGAGGGAGGGAGAGACAUGGUGAUACAACAUCUGAUCUUUUCUUGACAACUUAUUGGAUGAAAGACAAGUACAUAAUAAUUGGUUGGGGCACAGACAGAGUGUGAUCAGCAUUCCAGUAAGGAAAAUCAGCCUUGGAAGAGGCAUGGAAUUGAAACAAGAAAUGGCAAAAAGUCUUUUGAAUGCAACAUCCUUGUCUGCAAGGACAAAACUACUACAUCAAGUGGGAGUAUCACUUUAUAAUACUUCUCAUGGCUUCUAUGAAGAAGAAGUAAAAAAGACAUUGCAGCAGUUUCCUGGUGGAUCCAUUGACCUUCAGAAGGAAGACAAUGGCAUUGGCAUUCUUACUCUGAACAAUCCCAGUAAAAUGAAUGCUUUCUCAGGUGUUAUGAUGCUACAACUUUUGGAGAAAGUGAUUGAAUUGGAAAAUUGGACAGAAGGGAAAGGACUCAUUGUCCGUGGGGCAAAAAAUACUUUCUCUUCAGGAUCUGAUCUGAAUGCUGUGAAAGCCCUAGGAACCCCACAGGAUGGAGUGGCCUUAUCUAUGUUCAUGCAAAACACCUUAACAAGAUUUAUGAGACUUCCUUUAAUUAGUGUUGCACUAAUUCAAGGUCGAGCAUUGGGUGGAGGAGCAGAAUUUACUACAGCAUGUGAUUUCAGGUUAAUGACUCCAGAAAGUGAGAUCAGAUUUGUCCACAAGGAGAUGGGCAUAAUUCCAAGCUGGGGAGGGGCCAGCCGGCUGGUUGAAAUCAUUGGCAGCAGACAAGCUCUCAAAGUGUUAAGUGGGGCCCUCAAACUGAAUUCAGAAAAAGCUUUAAACAUAGGAAUGGUGGAAGAGGUCUUGCAGUUUUCAGAUGAAACUAAAUCUCUAGAAGAAGCACGAGAGUGGCUAAUGCAAUUUGUCAAUGGGCCACCAGAAGUCAUUAGAGCUUUGAAAAAAUCUGUUUGUUCAGGCAGAGAGCUGUAUUUAGAGGAGGCAUUACAGAAUGAGAGAGAUCUUUUAGGAACAGUGUGGGGAGGACCUGCAAAUUUAGAGGCUAUUGCGAGGAAAGGAAAAUUUAAUAAAUAGAUUUUAAAAAUGUGUAUGUACUACAAAUAAAUCUUCAAUGAUUAAUA